AUGGCCAUCCAGAUUGGAAUUGGUAACCUAGGCGGUGCCAUGGCGUCCAACUUCUACCGUCAAAAAGACGGUCCGCGUUAUGUACUGGGCCACGCUCUUGAACUUGGUUUCAUCUCUGUUGGCAUCAUCGCUGCUUCAGUCCUAAUCUUUAGUUACAUUAGCAUCAACAAGAAGCGCGACAGUAGGAUGGCAGCAGGAGAGGAUAGUAGAUAUACAGCGGAAGAAUUAUCAGACAAGGGUGAUAAAGCGCUGACGUACCGCUACAUGUGGUGA